UCAGCGUUUGUUCAGGCAACAGUUUGCUGAGAAACUUCUGAGGAGGAGGACGCGCGCGCACUAAAACAAACUCAAAGCAUCCUCGCGCAAGCGACGGUCAGGAGAAAUCUGACUGAAUCUUUUCUUCACAUUUUUGUCUCGCUAACGCCUUAUUUUUUUUUCCAAAUAGUGCCCGUGUUGACAUUUCGAACCAAUGUCUUGUCAAUUUCCCUCAGGCCGUUGCUGAAUUUUUGCCGAGGUUAUUGUUUGCCGAGGAGCAGUUGGAAAUCUCAAGAUGGACCUGAGACCUUCGCCGUUUUUUCUUGGUUUGAUAUUAGUUCUUAACGUUUUGUCAGCAGCCCAGGACACAAAUGAAGAAAUCCCUGAGGGGGCGUCCACCUUGGCGUUUGUGUUUGAUGUCACCGGCUCCAUGUACGAUGAUUUAGUGCAAGUGAUUGAGGGAGCAUCGAAGAUUUUGGAAACAUCCCUCAGCAGACCCCAGAGACCACUGUACAACUUCGCCUUGGUGCCUUUUCAUGACCCAGAGAUUGGACCCAUUACAAUAACAACAGAUCCAAAGAAGUUCCAGGAUGAGCUGCGGGAGCUUUAUGUCCAGGGAGGGGGAGAUUGUCCAGAGAUGAGUAUUGGAGCCAUCAAGAUUGCCCUUGAAAUCUCGCUACCAGGGUCCUACAUUUACGUCUUUACGGAUGCCCGAUCAAAAGACUACAAGUUGACCCACGACGUUCUUCAGCUCAUUCAGCAGAAACAGUCACAGGUGGUUUUUGUGUUGACUGGUGACUGUGAUGACCGAUCGCAUAUUGGCUAUAAGGUGUACGAGGAGAUCGCCUCGACCAGCUCAGGACAGGUCUUCCAUCUGGACAAGAAACAAGUCAAUGAGACGUCCAGUGAGGGAAGGCACUCAGUCCGUAUAUCGGGCCUCAGCACCAUCGAUUUCCGAGCUGGCUUUUCCCGAAGGCAAACAUUGGACUUUAAAAUGACAUCCAGCAGGCCAGUCCAAGGAAUCCCCACAUUUAUACUGCUGAACACCACUGGACUCUCCCCUCCUGCUCGUGCUGAUCGUCUGGAACUCUUGAGCAUCACUGGUGAUGUAAUGAAGACGCUGCCCAUCCGCUACUUCCCUGAUCGACGCCCUUAUGGCAUUUGGAAUAUCACUGAGUUUAUUCCGCCCAAAGAGGCCUUCUUCCUGCGAGUCACUGGCUAUGACCAUGAUGGUUUUGUCUUCCAAAGAGUGUCCAGUGUCUCCUACUCCGGCAUUGUGCCAGAAGCACCCAAAGUAAGCAUGCCCACUCAUACCCCUGGUUACUACCUGCAGAAGGGGAGUAUUACGUGCUUUGUGGAUAGCCUGAUCCCCUAUACUGUGCGUUUCACCAGGGAGGAACUACGCCUGGGUGUGGACCAACUCUUCAGGGAGUCUGCUAAUGCAUCAUGGGGAAUCCCUCAGGUAUCCCUGAAAGACGAGGGCUUUUAUGAGUGCAUUGCCAUCAGCAGUGCCGGAACAGGACGGGCUCAAACCUUCCUUGAUGUUUCUGAGCCUCCUCCAGCUAUCACGGUGCCCUCCAAUGCAACUGUGUCUCCCGGUGCAACUGUCAUUCUGACGUGUCUAGUUGCCAGCACGGUGCGCUUUAACCUGACUUGGCAGCGAGGGGACGUGGAUGCCAGAUUGGACCAUCGGAUGCGUGUCACCGCCAACCUAUCCUUGGAAAUCCAGCGAGUCACUCCUGAUAAUGUCGGUUGGUACACCUGCAUCGCAGCCAAUGAGGGUGGAGUCUCUGCUUCUCGUGUGUACCUCAAUGUGCAAGGUGAUGUGCAGUUGAAGCCAUCUGCAGUUUUAAGUAUGGAUCCUCAGCGUGGCAUUCUGAGCAUUCAGCAGAUUCAGGACACAGAUGCAGGAAAAUAUACGUGUGUGGUGAUAAACUCAGCUGGCUCAGCACAGGGGUACAUCACUCUGGACGUGGGCUCUGCUCCUCAGUUCACACGAAAGCCUUCAGAUCUGUCUGCUGAUAUCGGCACAAACAUCACCUUGCCGUGUCAUGCACAAGGCCACCCAAAACCCCAACUCUCAUGGAGACGAGAGGACAACGUCCAACUCUUCUCUCAGCAUCGCGGCCCCAGUACUGUCACUCACAAAACUAAUGGGGACCUUUUCAUCACCGGCCUCUGGAUAGAGGAUGAGACCACCUAUGUGUGUGAAGCUCAAAACCACUUUGGCAAAAUCCAGGCCAAGGCCAAAGUUACUGUUACUGGACUCGUGUCUCCUUUGAUAGCUCUGAAUCCAACAGUGGUCAGUGUGAUAGAGGACCAGCAGGUCACUCUCCCCUGUGUGUUACUUGCUGGAAACCCCCUUCCUGAGAGACACUGGCUACAUGACAAUGGAUUAGUUACAUCAAGUCCAUAUGUGACUGUGAGACGUGAUGGUAGUCUACAUAUAGAACGGGUCAGUCAGCAGGAUGGGGGGCAGUAUACCUGUUUGGCCGAAAACGUGGUGGGAUCCAGUAACCGUACGACUAUACUAAAUGUCUAUGUGAUGCCCACUAUUCAGCAUGGCCCUCAAGUGUUCAGUACCAUUGAGGAGACACCCAUUUCUCUGCCAUGUCGUGCACAUGGAGUCCCCAAACCAGAUAUCACUUGGUCUAAGCGAGGAGAGUUGCUGGAUCUGAGUGGCAGUGUCUUUUCUCUGGGUGAGGAUGGCAGUCUUUACAUUGUCUCCCCCAGCGGUGAAGAGUCUGGCGAGUUUGUGUGCACAGCCACCAACACUGCUGGAUACAGCUCCAGGAAGGUCCACCUCACCGUCUACGUGAAGCCCAGGCUGAGUGGCGUUGGUGGAACAGAGAUGCAAAAUAACUACAGCAAGCUGUUGGAGAUGUCGGUAAAAGUGGGUGAUGAUGUCACACUGCCAUGUGAGGUGGAGAGCAUACCUCCUCCCAUCAUCACCUGGGCCAAAGACAAGCAUCUCAUCUCCCCCUUCUCUAAUAGACAUAUUCAGCUGCCAUCAGGCUCCAUGAGAAUCACAGAAACACGCGUGACGGACAGUGGCAUGUACCUCUGUGUGGCUACCAACAUAGCUGGAAACUUCACUCAGAUGAUCAAACUCAGUGUGCUGGGCACUCCUGAGCCAGUGAUAAAGUGGUUUAGGAAUGGUCAGGAGUUGACAGACAAUGAGCCAGGUGUGUCUAUUUUGGAGGAUGGCACACUUCUCAUCCUGGCCUCAGUGUCCCCUCUGGAUAAUGGGGAGUACACUUGCAUGGCCGUCAAUGAUGCUGGUACAACAGAGAAGAAAUAUCAACUUAAGGUCAACGUCCCACCUGAUUUUCGAGACAAUGGCCUGCUGUCCAAUGUCUCUGUAGUGAUGAAUCAACCAACCAACCUGGUGUGUGAUGUCACGGGCACACCUGUACCUGUCAUUACCUGGUACAAAGAUGGAGUUAAGGUGGUUCCUAGCAUUGACGUGCAGAUUCUUCAGAAGGGCAAGACUCUUAAGCUGCUUAAAGCAGCUGUUGCAGAUGCUGGACGCUACACCUGCAAGGCCAUCAACAUUGCUGGAAGCACAGAGAGAAACUUUUACUUAGAUGUAUUGGUUCCUCCUACGAUCAUCGAGACAGUUGGGUCACGUGACCUCUCUGCCAUCCUCAAUCAGGAGAUCAUUCUGGAAUGCAGGGUCAAAGGUGAUCCCUUUCCCACAAUUCAGUGGUACAAAGACAGGAAGCCUGUGUUUUUGGGUGACCCCAAUAUUGAAGUUUUAAACAGAGGACAGCAGUUAAAGAUAAAGAGUUCACAUUUAGGUGAUCAGGCACGAUACCAGUGUAGUGCCACCAACGCAGCAGGAAAGCAGUCCAAGGAUUUUAACCUCAGUAUCUUUGUACCACCCAGUAUUAAGGGAGGAAACAUGUCUACUGAGGUGACAGUUCUGCUUGGUAAUGUGGUGACUCUGGAGUGUGAGGCUCGGGGUGUGCCACUCCCUGCCAUCACAUGGUACAAGAACGGAGAGGUCAUUCUGUCCAGCAGACAGGCCCAGUAUGUGGACCGAGGGCAGUUCCUCAAGAUCUCAAGAGCUCAAGUGUCAGAUGCUGGACAGUACACCUGUAAAGUCACCAGUGUGGCGGGCACCGCUGAGAAAGUUUAUGAGCUGGAUGUCUAUGUCCCUCCCUCCAUCACUGCUGGUUCUGAUGGUCCCACAGACAUGAAGGUUGUGCUCAGUAAAUCUCUGAUUUUGGAGUGUGAGACUGAAGGUCACCCUCCACCCUCACUGACUUGGCUGAAGGAUGGUUCACCGGUGGCUGCUAGAGAGAACCUGCGUGUUCUGGAGCAGGGCCGCAAACUUGAAAUCCUCAGUGCGCUUCCAUCUGAUGCUGGUCGAUAUGUAUGCGUGGCUACCAGCGUUGCUGGAGAGAGGGAGAUCAAAUAUGACGUCAGUGUCUUAGUUCCUCCUGUUGUGGAUGGGGCAAGUGAAACCACAGAUGCCACGGUCAUCCUCAACAAUAUCCUAGAGCUUGAGUGUUACGUUACAGGCACACCUACGCCAACCAUCACGUGGCUGAAGGAUGGCGUGCCAGUGAGGCAGGGUGAAGGGGUGCGGAUAACAUCAAACCAACGUCGUUUGGUCAUCUCACGUGCUCAGGUGUCUGACACAGCGCUUUUUCACUGUGUAGCGACUAACGAGGCUGGAGAACAAGAGAGAGAGUUUAAAGUAUCUGUACAUGUCCCCCCAACUAUCCGUUCUACGGGUCCAGCUGAGAGGUCUGUGGUCCUCCACACAUCAGUCAGCCUUCAGUGUGUGGUCAGUGGAAUUCCACCUCCCAGCAUCACAUGGCUCAAAGAUGGUCGUCCUGUGGACACCACACAAGAAAUUCUGAAGCUGGAAUCCGCAGGCAGGAUUUUGCACAUAAAGAAGGCCAGGCUGGAGGAUGCUGGGAAAUAUACGUGUGUGGCAACUAAUGCAGCAGGCGAGGCACAACAGCACGUUCGCCUCAAUAUGCAUGAACCUCCCAGCAUCCAGUAUGCAGGAGAGACGCUCAAUGAGACUAUCCUUGCUGGCUUCCAAAUUCAGCUGAAGUGUAAAGCAACAGGAAGUCCUUUGCCAGCUGUGACGUGGUAUAAAGACGGUCAUCCAUUGACAAGCGCUGCAGGAGUUAACAUUCUGAGCAGAGGUCAGGUGCUAGAGAUUGACCGUGCACAGGUGUCAGAUGCUGGCCUCUACAAAUGUGUGGCCAUCAAUGUGGCUGGCAGUGCUGAGCUCACAUACAGUCUGCAGGUGUAUGUUUCUCCUUCUGUUUCUAGUAAAGGAGGAAUGAUAACAGUGGUGGUGAAUGACCCAGUCAGGUUAGAGUGUGAAGCCUCAGGAGUUCCCGUGCCCAGUCUUACUUGGCUCAAAGAAGGCAGCCCUGUCUCCAGCUUUUCAGAUGGCAUCCAGGUAUUGUCAGGUGGCAGGGUGUUAUCAUUCGUUAGUGCACAGGUCAGUGACACAGGUCGUUACACUUGUGUUGCUGUGAAUGCAGGUGGAGAACAGCACCGAGAAUAUGACUUACGUGUGUACGUGCCACCCAACAUCAUGGGUGAGGAGGUGAACCAAACAGUUAUGAUGGGUCAAUCAGUUCAGCUGCAUUGUCAGAGUGAUGCCAUCCCUCCACCUGCAUUGAGCUGGCAGAAAGACGGUCGAUCGCUCUAUAGAAAACCAGGUCUGAGCCUGUCAGAGGACAGCAGCUUACUGAAGAUUAACAGUGCUCAGGUCCAGGACACAGGCAGGUACACGUGUGAGGCAACCAAUGUGGCAGGAAAAACUGAGAAGCACUAUAACCUAAAUGUGUGGGUUUCUCCCAGUAUCCGUGGAUCUGAUGAGGUGUCUCCUCUGACUGUGAUUGAGGGCGGCCUCAUCACGCUUGUGUGUGAGUCCAGUGGGAUCCCUCCUCCCAGUCUCACCUGGAAGAAAGAUGGCUUAGAGCUAAAGGGAGACUCUCGUGUACGUGUUCUCUCUGGUGGGCGUCAGCUGCAGAUUUCCAGGGCUGAGAAGGCAGAUGCUUCCUCUUACACCUGUCUGGCCUCCAGUACAGCUGGCAGUGCAAUGAAAGAAUACAUUCUGCAAGUUUACGUUCGUCCCUCCAUCAGCUCCUCAGCUCAGGAUCAGGAGACAGUGACGCGAGGUGGAGAUAUCACUCUGCAGUGUGAGGCAGACGGCAUCCCCAGACCUGCCAUUUCAUGGAUGAAAGACGGUAGACCCCUGAGCAGGGCUCAAAUACUUAACGAGGGCAGACUUUUACGCAUCCAGGAUGCUCAAGUGGCCGACACCGGACGAUACACCUGUAUCGCUGUAAAUGUGGCAGGACAGGCUGACAGGAAAUAUGAUCUCAAUGUUCAUGUUCCUCCCACCAUCAUCGGACAGACGCAGGUGCCUGAGAACGUGAGUGUUGUUGUGAAGAACCCAGUUGUUCUCACUUGCGAAGCUUCUGGAAUGCCACUACCAUCCAUCACCUGGCUCAAAGACGGGCAGCCGAUUAGCGCGUCUAGCUCUGUUCGGGUCAUCUCAGGUGGACGAGGCCUGCGUUUGAUGCAUGCAGCAAUUGAGGAUGCUGGGAGAUACACCUGUAUCGUGUCCAAUUCUGCAGGAGAGGAGAGAAAGAACUUCGACCUAAACGUCCUGGUGCCGCCCAGCAUUGUAAAAGAAGGCACAGUGGAGGAUGUGAAAGUGAAGGAGAGACAGAACAUAAUUUUGGCCUGUGAGGUCACUGGUAAUCCAGUGCCAGAGAUCACAUGGUUGAAGGAUGGGCAACCACUGGCUAGUGACUCAAGGCUGCAGGUGAUGUCAAAUGGGCGUUUCCUGCAGAUUAGUGGAUCACAGGUGGCCGACACUGGCAGGUAUAGCUGCCUGGCCUCUAACAGUGCUGGAGACAGGCAAAAAAUUCCCCCUAGUUUCAGAGGCUUUGGAGACUCUGACCCUGGUAAUAAUGGAGACGUGAAGGAUGUGAUUCUUAAUAAUCCCAUCUCCCUAUACUGUGAGACCAAUGCCGUCCCACCUCCCGUACUCACCUGGUUCAAAGACGGACAUCUGCUGACCUCUAAUGAUAAAGUACUCAUCUUACCUGGUGGAAGAGUCCUCCAGAUCCCUCGAGCCCAAGCAGAGGAUUCUGGAAGAUACACUUGUGUGGCUGUAAAUGAGGCUGGAGAAGACUCAAUCCAAUAUGAUGUUAGAGUGUUGUUACCGCCCUCGAUUCGUGGAGCUGAUGGUGACCUGCCUGAUGAGAUCACAGUGCUGGUUAACAAGACCACAUUACUGGAGUGUCAGGUGGAUGGGAGUCCCACUCCUAAAAUCAGUUGGAUCAAAGACAGUAAACCCCUUACCCCAGACAACACACACAGACUUCUGUCCAGUGGCAGGACACUGCAGAUUUUGAAUGCACAGGUGACAGAUACAGGACGUUAUGUGUGUGUGGCUCAGAACUUAGCCGGAACAGCAGAGAAGUCCUUCAACCUCCAUGUGCAUGUUUCUCCUUCCAUUGUGGGCAUCAGAGAGGAGAAUGUGACAGUAGUGGUUAAUAACUUCAUAUCUCUAAACUGUAAGGCCACUGGAUUCCCACCUCCCACCCUCAGCUGGUUCAAAGACAGGAAACCUGUACAGGCCAGCUCUAAUGCACUCAUAAUGCCUGGUGGUCGUACUCUCCAGAUCCUGAAAGCAAAGAUGUCUGAUGGUGGGAAAUACAGCUGUGUGGCCAUCAACCAAGCUGGAGAAGCCCAAAAACUCAUUUAUCUUACAGUAUAUGUUCCCCCUAGUAUCAGACACAGCAGUGGGGAUCUUCCAGUGGUGUUAAACGUCCAGGAGGGCAAAUCAGUUACUCUGGAGUGUGAAUCUAAUGCAGUGCCUCCUCCCAUUAUUACCUGGUACAAGAAUGGACGUCCCAUCACUGAGACUGCCAACCUGCGCAUACUGGCUGAUGGUCAAAUGAUAAAACUGAGAGAAACAGAGGUGUCAGAUACAGGCCAGUAUGUCUGUAAGGCCACAAAUGUAGCAGGUCAAGUGGACAAGAAUUUCCAUCUCAGCAUCCAUGUUUCCCCACGGCUGGACGGCCCAGCAGUGGAACGUGUGGUGGAAACCAUCAGUAAUCCCGUCACUUUCGCCUGUGAUGCUACAGGGAUCCCUCCACCCUCGCUCACCUGGUUGAAGAAUGGCAGAGUUAUUGAGAAUUCAGAGUCUCUGGAGAUGCAUAUCCUGUCCGGGGGCAGUAAGCUGCAGAUUGCCCGCUCACAGUUAUCUGACAGUGGCACUUACACCUGUGUGGCAUCCAAUGUGGAGGGCAAGGCCCGCAAAAGCUACCAUCUUACAAUACAAGUCCCACCGAACAUCAAAGGAUCUGAGUUACCUAGUGAGAUGAGUGUUCUGCUGAAUGACAGAAUCCAGCUGGUUUGCCGUGCUGAAGGAAAUCCAACCCCUGAGAUCCAGUGGCUGAAGGAUGGAAAGACACUUAGCAGAACUGCCCAAAAGAACAUUGAAAUCAGCCCUGAUGGCAGUACACUGACUGUAACAGCCGUCCACACAUCCAACAGUGGAAAAUACACAUGUGUGGCCACCAAUCAGGCCGGAGAGGAAGACCGAAUAUUUAACCUAAAUGUCUAUGUUCCUCCUCUGAUCCAGGGGAACGGGCCUGCUGCCAAGGAACUGAGCGCGGUGCUGGACAGCUCAAUAAAUAUUGAAUGUGUAGCUAGUGGUUCUCCGCCUCCACAGCUCAACUGGCUGAAGAAUGGUCUGCCACUUCCAGUGUCAUCUCAGAUACGACUGCUGUCUGCCGGCCAAGUCCUCCGAAUUGCUCGUGCACAGGUUUCAGAUGGAGGUAGCUAUACUUGUGUGGCCUCCAACAAAGCUGGCGUGGACAUCAGACACUACAAUUUACAGGUGUAUGUUCCUCCCAGUUUGGAUGGGGCAGGCAGUACAGAAGAAGUAACAGUUGUGAGGGGAAACACAGCCUCAUUCAUCUGCAUUGCCGAUGGGACUCCCAGUCCGACCAUUACUUGGCUGAGGAAUGGUGCAGCAAUGCCUAAACAUGCUCACCUGUCGCUCCUCAACCAAAACAGCACCCUGCAGAUUUCCCAUGCAAGAGUCAACCACACAGGACGCUACACCUGUACUGCACAUAAUCAGGCUGGAUACACAAGCCGCCACUUCAGCCUCAAAGUAUUGGACCCUCCACAGAUCAACGGCUCUGGUGUGCCUGCUGAGGUCUCUGUGGUUGUGAAUCAUAUACUGGAGCUGGUCUGUAAAGCUGAUGGCAUACCUUUACCCACACUGACCUGGCUGAAGGAUGGGCGGCCACUGCCUCAGACAGAUAGUAUACGGCUCCUCAGAGAUGGAGAGGUGCUCAGAGUUGCUUCUGCUCAGAUGGAGAACACUGGAAGAUACACGUGUUUGGCCACCAGCCCUGCUGGAGAUGAUGAUAAAGAGUUUCUUGUCAGAGUACAUGUUCCACCCAACAUUGCCGGUGACAGAGGUGUGCAAGAUGUGUCUGUACUGCAAAACAGACAGGUGACCCUUGAAUGUAAAUCAGAUGCAGUUCCACCUCCAACCCUCACCUGGCUUAAAGAUGGAGCACCUCUGAAGAUGUCUCCAAGGGUGCGUGUUUUGUCCAGUGGUCGUUACCUGCAGAUCAACAAUGCAGAGCUGGGAGAUGGUGCCCAGUACACUUGCGUGGCCAGCAAUGUUGCUGGAGAAACCAGACGCCACUUCAACCUUAGUGUCAACGUCCCUCCCACAAUAAAGGACGGUCCUCAGUCUGUGUCAGUACAUAUCAAUCGCCCAGUGGUUCUGGAGUGUGUCGUGAAUGGAGUACCCGCUCCACGCAUUACCUGGAGGAAGCAUGGAUCCAUCCUGGCAGGAAACAACUCCAGAUACAGGUUUGGUGAGGAUGGUUCACUUCACAUCCUCUCAGCACAGGUGACCGAUACGGGCCGCUACCUUUGCAUGGCCUCCAACCAGGCAGGCACAGAGCGUAAGAGAGUAGAUCUGCAGGUUUAUGUGCCACCCUCCAUCACAGAGGGUCCCACUAACAUCACUGUGACAGUGAAUGUCCAGACCACACUAUCCUGUGAGGCCACCGGCAUCCCCAAACCCUCCGUUCGCUGGGCCAAAAACACUCAAGCCCUUAACACUGACCAGAACCAGAAUAUGUACAGGUUGUUGUCGUCGGGCUCUCUGGUUGUCAUCGCACCCACAGUAGAGGACACAGCACUGUACGAGUGUGUUGUAUCUAAUGAGGCAGGCCAGGAGAGCCGAGCCAUUCAGCUGACUGUACAUGUUCCUCCUUCUAUUGCUGAUGAGGCCACAGAGCUGGUGGUGAGCAGGCUGGCCCCAGUGGUCAUCGGCUGCACUGCCUCCGGAGUGCCUUAUCCUGUCUUAUACUGGAGCAAAGAUGGAUUGAGACUAGCUAAAGAUGGAAAGGGCUAUACGAUACUGCCGUCAGGUCCUCUUGAGAUCACAGCUGCAGAUCUGAGUCACUCAGGCCGUUACUCUUGUGUGGCUAAAAAUGCUGCCGGCACCACCCACCGACACGUUCAGCUCACAGUGCAUGAACCUCCAGUAAUACAGUCACACCCCUCAACACUGGAUGUGAUUUUGAACAAUCAUGUGACCCUGCCCUGCAGAGCAACGGGCUCCCCUCGCCCAACUGUCACCUGGCAGAAAGAGGGCAUCAACAUCUUUACCAGAGGAGGUGAUUUUACAGUGCUCCCCAAUGGCGGACUGCAGAUCUCUAAAGCCAGAGUGGAGGAUUCUGGAACCUACAUGUGUGUGGCUCAGAAUCCAGCAGGCACUGCACUGGGGAAAACCAAACUCAGAGUGCAAGUGCCCCCUGUCAUAACAUCUGACAUCAAAGCAUACAUUGUGGCACUAGAUGCAUCUGUAACUCUGCAGUGUCACUCAGAGGGUUUCCCCACUCCCUCUAUAACAUGGUACAAGAACGGGCAGCCGCUGAGCGAAUCGUUGCGGCAGCGAGUCCUGAGCACAGGGGCGCUGCAGAUCGCCUUUGCCCAACCUGGAGACACAGGCAGAUACACCUGCACCGUUGCUAAUGUGGCUGGAACCACCAGUCUGGAGAUGAGCCUCAUUGUACAGAUACCUCCUUCCAUCCGUGGAGGAGAGUCAGAGGUGUCCGUGGUGGAGAACACCCAAGCUUUGCUCACCUGUGUGGCAGAUGGAGUCCCACAGCCCAUUAUCACCUGGGAGAAAGAUGACAUUGCACUUACCAAAUCCACCGGAGAAUACACAAUACUGCCCACAGGAGAGCUGCUCAUAGACUCUGCACAGCCUGAAGAUUCUGGGAGUUACACAUGUGUCGGAACCAACUCAGUUGGGCAGGACAGUCACACCAUUGGUCUGUCCGUCCACACACAUCCAGCCUUCACUGAGCUCCUAGGGGAUGUGGCUCUCAACAAGGGAGAGCGCCUCCUGUUGACCUGCGGUGUCGCCGGCAUUCCUCCACCAAAGAUUACAUGGGCAUUCAACAACAAUAUCAUCCCUGCCCAUGCUAAUGGCCACAGCGAGUUGGUGAUUGAGCGUGUGAGUAAAGAUGACUCGGGCACUUAUUCCUGUGUGGCUGAGAACAGCGUGGGAUCCAUCAAAUCUCUGGGAUUUGUCUAUGUAAAAGAACCACCAAUAAUAGACGGAGAUGUUCAUUCAAAUCGCAUUGAGCCCCUGGGAGGGAAUGCCAUACUUAACUGUGAGGUACGAGGAGACCCUCUGCCCACCAUCCAGUGGAGCAAAAAGGGCGUCAAUGUGCAGAUAAGCAACCGAAUCCGUCAGCUUGACAAUGGAUCUCUAGCCAUCUACGGCACAGUGAGCGAAGAUGCUGGAAGUUACAUGUGCGUGGCCACAAAUGAUGCAGGAGUGGUGGAGAGAACAGUCACACUGACCUUGCAGCGUUCUCCAAGCAUCACUGUAGAGCCAGUGGAGACGGUGGUUGACACUGGUUCCACAGUGGUCCUUAACUGCCAGGCAGAGGGAGAGCCUGUGCCUGUCAUCGAGUGGUCCCGUCAGGGACGGCCACUGUUGAGUAACGAGCGCAUCACCACACUGAAUAACGGUUCUCUGCGGCUCAGUAGUGCUCAGAAAGAGGACACAGCUGAGUAUGAGUGCGUGGCCCGAAAUCUGUUAGGCUCCGUGCUAGUGCGCGUGACCCUCACAGUGCGAGUUCACGGAGGCUUCUCUGAAUGGAUGGAGUGGGGAGCCUGCAGUGUUUCCUGUGGUACGGGAGUGCAGAAGAGGCUAAGACAGUGCAAUAACCCAUUUCCUGCGAAUGGAGGACACCACUGCAUAGGUUUAGCAACAGAAACACGCAGUUGUCAAGGCAAACCUUGCCCAGUGGAUGGCAAUUGGUCUGAGUGGUCUUCCUGGGAGGAGUGCUCUCGUACCUGUGGUCAGGGUAACAGGACUAGGGUGCGGACUUGUAGUAAUCCUCCUGCCCAGCAUGGAGGCAGAGCCUGUGAGGGCAAAGCAGUGGAAGCCAUCAUGUGUAGUAUAAGGCCAUGCCCAGUGGCUGGGAACUGGGGUGCCUGGUUGCCUUGGAGCCCUUGUAGCGAAACGUGUGGCAAAGGAAUGCAGACUAGGCUCAGACUCUGCAACAACCCUCCACCCUCAUUUGAAGGACCGUCGUGUGAAGGACCUGACACACAGACACAAGUGUGCAGUGAGAGGAACUGCCCCGUGGAUGGCAAGUGGUCAUCCUGGGUAAGCUGGGGGGCAUGUAGUGUGUCUUGUGGAGGCGGUACACGGCAAAGGACGCGUGUCUGUGCAAACCCCGCCCCCCAACAUGGGGGACGGCAGUGUGAGGGAAAUGACAUCCACAUUGAUUUCUGCAACAGUGAACCCUGUCCUAUUCAUGGUAACUGGGGCCCAUGGAACAGCUGGGGAAGUUGUAGCAGAACCUGCAAUGGUGGUCAAAUGCGUCGCUACAGAACAUGUGACGAUCCUCGACCAGCGAAUGGAGGGAGAGCGUGCACUGGAUCAGACUCGCAAAUCCAGAAGUGCAGCACAGCCAACUGCCCUGUUGAUGGUAAGUGGGGUUCAUGGGAGUUCUGGGGUGAAUGUUCAGCAUCCUGUGGAGGUGGAGAAUGGACACGUGUCAGACUCUGUAACAAUCCAUCACCCAGCAACAACGGCCGCCCCUGCCCAGGAGACUCCACCCAGUUAUCAAGAUGUAAUAUACAGCCAUGUCCAGGUGGCCCUCAGAAAGCCAGAGGAAGCAUCAUCGGGACCAUUAAUGAUGUGGAGUUUGGCAUUGCCAUCCUCAAUGCCACCAUCUCCAGCAGUCCCACUGGAGGGAGAGUUAUACAGGCCACCAUCACUAACAUACCCAGGAGUCUUGGCCCUGCUAUGAGGAAGUUGAUCUCCAUCCUGAACCCCAUAUACUGGACCACAGCACAGGAGCUGAGUGAAGCUGUCAAUGGUUACACUCUCACAGAUGGCAUCUUCAGACGUGAGACUCAGGUGGAGUUUGCCACAGGAGAAAUUCUCAGAAUGACCCAUGUGGCACGAGGGCUGGACUCAGAUGGAGUACUUCUGCUGGACAUUGUAGUAAAUGGGCAUGUCCUGCAACUUCCAUCCAAUGCAGACAUCAGUCUUAAGGACUACACUGAAGACUACAUCCAGACUGGCCCUGGUCAGCUAUAUGCUCUGUCCACACGCAUGUUCAGUAUAGAAAGGGUGAGCGUGCCUUACUCCUGGAAUCAUACCAUCACAUACAGACCCUCCAAAGGAAAGAUGCCCUAUCUGGUGCAGACUCUCCAUGCCUCAGCUAUCAGCGCUCUGUACCGUCCACUAGAAGAGAUACUGGAGUUUGCCAUCCAUGCCACCAUUGCUAAAGGAGAGCGCAGUAAUCAGUGUCCCAGUGGUUUUCAACUGGACCCUGCUGGGCCAUAUUGUUCAGAUGAGAAUGAGUGUGUGGAGAGAAACCCCUGCUCACAUGCCUGUCACAAUGCUGUAGGCACGUACUACUGUUCCUGUCCCAGAGGACUAACCAUCUCAGCUGAUGGUAGAACAUGCCAGGAUAUUGAUGAGUGUUCAUUGGGUGGUCACAUGUGCCAUAAUGGACAAGACUGUGAGAACACCAUUGGCUCCUAUCGCUGUGUGAUGCGCUGUGGGCGGGGCUUUAGGAGGACAGCAGAUGGGCUGAGCUGCUCGGAUGUGAACGAGUGUCAGGAAUCCAACCCCUGCCAUCAGCACUGUCUAAACACCAUUGGCAGCUUCCGCUGUGCUUGUAAGCCGGGGUACCAACUAAGGAAUCGACGCUGUAUUGACAUAAAUGAAUGCAAACAGAGAGUGUGUCGCUCAGAUCAGCAGUGUAAAAACACACGUGGUGGAUACACUUGCAUUGACCUCUGCCCUACUGGCAUGACCAAAGGAGGCAAUGGCACAUGCAUAGACAUUGAUGAAUGCCAUGACGGCACACAUCAGUGCAGGUAUAAUCAGAUCUGUGAAAACACAAGAGGUAGCUACCACUGCACCUGUCCGAGGGGCUACCGCUCUCAGGGUGUGGGCCGCCCCUGCCUUGAUAUAAACGAGUGCGAGCUGGUACCGGUGCCCUGUGCCUAUCAGUGCGUGAACAGCCCUGGCAGCUACAAGUGCCUGUGCCCACCGGGGCUCCAUCUGCUGGGCGAUGGCAAGUCCUGUGCCGGACUAGAACGCUUGCCCAGCUAUGAAAGUUUCUCAUAUGGGUAUAGAACAUCCCAGUCCUCUUCUGAUCGGAGCUCCUACCAGCAGCGCUACCAUAGCCUGACCUCCCAGAGUUUCCACUCAUAUGUCCCCAUUGGGGGGCGUCACAUGGCCAACAGAACGAACAAUGCACCUCCACGCAGUCGUAGGGAUACUAAUACAUGCCGCCCUGGUUUUCAGGCAAACAAUGGCCAGUGUUUAGAUAUUAAUGAGUGUGAACAGAGGGAUACAUGUCAACACGAAUGUAUGAACUUACCAGGCAGCCAUAGGUGUUUGUGUCCCAGCGGCUAUCGCCUUAUGACCAAUGGCAAAACCUGCCAAGACAUAGAUGAAUGCCUGGAGCAGAACAUUCAGUGUGGUGCAAACCGGAUGUGUUUCAACAUGAGAGGGAGUUACCAGUGCAUCGACACACCUUGCCCUCCCAACUAUCAGAGAGAUCCAGCCACAGGGUUCUGCCUGAAGAAUUGUCCGCCCAAUGAUCUGGAGUGUGCCCUGAGCCCGUAUGCACUGGAGUACAAACUGCUGUCCCUGCCCUUCGGCAUCGCCGCCAAUCAGGACCUGAUACGGCUGGUUGCCUACACCCAGGAUGGAGUCGUCCACCCACGCACUUCCUUCUUAGUGGUCGAUGAGGACACGACUCUACCCUUUGCCCUCCGGGACGAAAACCUCAAAGGUGUUCUGUUCACCACCCGGCCACUGCGCGAACCUCACACGUACCGCAUGAAGGUGCGAGCCCUGUCUUACAGCGCUGACGGAGGCAUAGAGUACCAGACCACCUUUAUUGUCUACAUUGCUGUCUCAGCUUAUCCCUACUGAGCACUUUACUACGUCCAACAGCCUAUGAAGAGAGGGAAUGAUCAGAGGUUGCGCUAAACAAAAGAAAUCCGUCAUUUGAUGAGUUUUGAGUUUUGAACAUAAUGCUUUUCGUCAUUUUGACAGAUAAAAAAAAAGAAAUCUAGUUUCCUAAAUUUCCUUACGCUAGAAAUAUUCUCACAGGAAGGGUUUCUAAAUGGGAUUAGAUGUGCAGAAAAGGGGAGACGACAAGGUUUUAAAGCACCUCUGUUAAAAUAAACCAGGAGAGAGAUGUGAGAGAGGAUUUGGGGAGAGAAACAAGAGAUUGCAAGUGUUGUCCGUUUCACAUUUUGGAAGCAAAAGAAAAGGCCAGAAAGGUAAGACUAAAAAAGCUCUUGGCACAGAAGUUCCUGUAAUAUUGGUGUCAAAAAAAAUAUAAUCUGUAUCAAUAAUUUACUGACAUAAAAAUAGAGCAUGACGGAAACUUUGCAAUCCAUCCGGAUAAAUUCUUUUAUAGCGCAACCUCUGAGAAUGGUGCAGUUUUUGUACAUGUGUGACUAAGACAUAUUGGUCUUUGUGUUAGUGUGUAUGUGUGAGUGCAGAUCCACCACUUGAAGAGAUUUUCACAGGUCACGUUGACAUGUAAAAGGCCUUUUAGGCUGGAAGAGCUAAGUUGCGGAGUCCUGCAGACAGCCAACGCUGCUCUCUGAGGUUCAGACUUCAAGACAGACUUCACGUAAAACCAGUUUUAAGACUGCUGGCAGGUUAGUGGUUUGGUCGCAAGAAUCCUUCAUCAGAAUGUACAGCAGGACUAUGGGUGGUUUAAUAGAAUACAUUUGCAUAUAUGUCUACCUAUUAACUUAUUGAGAAUUGCUUGAAUAUAUGAAAGAAGCUCAAUUCCCUCCAUUACUUUCUAUGAAAUGAGAUGGGGAAGAUUUUAUUGGUUUAAAUUUUGUGCUUUUAACAUAAUGAUGAGGUUUGGGUUUGAGCCACAUCUGCAGUAAAAAUGAAAAGGAUGUCCACCUCAGGUAAGCACUAGCUUUACUCUAGAAGAGAGUAUUGUCAAUCAGUUAUUAUGCACAUAAUAGCAAUGUUUCAUUAUCAUUACAGGUUCAUAGACAUUUGGAGUAUUUUUUGUAACUGUGUCAGUA